CUCAGGACAGGGAGUGAGUGGGACUGCGGUGCUGCUGAGCUCACUAGAAGUCUUCCUCCUUUCUUUACGUGUGAUCUCUUGUAUAUUUGUUGCCAUCUGUCUGCAGGGUUUCAUGAGAAGGACGGCAAGGCGUACUGUCGCAAGGAUUACUUCGACAUGUUCGCCCCAAAGUGUGGAGGCUGCGCUCGGGCCAUUCUGGAGAAUUACAUCUCGGCUCUGAACUCGCUGUGGCACCCUGAGUGCUUCGUGUGUCGGGAGUGCUUCACCCCGUUCGUAAACGGCAGCUUCUUCGAGCACGACGGGCAGCCCUACUGCGAGGUGCACUACCACGAGAGGCGUGGCUCGCUCUGCUCCGGCUGCCAGAAACCCAUCACCGGCCGCUGCAUCACCGCCAUGGCCAAGAAGUUCCACCCCGAGCACUUCGUCUGUGCCUUCUGCCUCAAGCAGCUCAACAAGGGGACCUUCAAGGAGCAGAACGACAAGCCCUACUGCCAGAACUGCUUCAUCAAACUUUUCAGCUAGAAACCUUGUGAGGGCGGGCGGGCGGGUGGGUGGUCAAACCUGCUUAGAAAACGAGUGCUCGAGCGCCUGGUCUUUUUAAAAUUGGUCUCUAGAGACAGGUGGUGGUCUUUUUAUAUCCAGGUGAUUAUUUUUUUUUUCCCCAAACAUUAGAAAUCCGUGUACACAGUGUAGCGGAUCUGUCAGUGUGAUCUCUACUACAGAAGUGGUCUUUCUGAUACAGCUUCGAGCGUGCUGUUCUGACCCACGCUUACCAGAUCGGUGGUGAUAGGCAGAGCAGCUCUCUCUCUCUCUCUCUCUC